AUGGAUAAGGAUACUAAAACAGAUCGUUUUGAUGGUACUAUCAUAAAUCGAGAUUUAGCAGAAGCUCAUUUCCUUUCAUUUUUGGACAUUUGUGAAUCUAAAGAUAUUGAUUACGAGACACUAGUUGUUGGUGACUUUGGAAAAGUUGUUUCAGCAUUCAAAUUGACUUUGAAAGCUUCAGAGAAUUAUGAAAAUGUUGAGAGAGUUUGUAAGAGGUUAAAUUAUGGUGAGAAUCAGAUUAAGCAUAAAUUGAUAGAUAUCUUGCCCAGUGAAUGUCAACAGUCUGUUGUCAUGACGACUGAUAAUAAUUCUACAGCUGAUGAUCUGGGGGUUUGUGAAUCUGCUCCUCAUGAACUCCCUAAUCUAGACAAAACCAAACCAGAUGUUGAAGUACAGAUUCAACUUGACAAUAGAAAUUUUUGUAAAGGGUUGUUACAAGAUGGAAAAUCUACACUAGUUCUUAUUGAUAGUGGUGCAUCAAGGUCACUUAUUUCUAAAUCCUUCAUAAGUUCAUCUUCUUAUUUAAGGAAAUUGCCAGUUUAUAAAUUGAAGGAACCAUUAAAAUUUCGAAUGGGUAAUGGUAUGUGUUUAGAAAGUGAUUAUUAUCUUCAUUUAGAGGUUCAUAUUCAAGGGUUUACAUUUGGACUCUAUGCAUAUAUUACAAACAAUAUGAUUGGAAUUGAUUUGGUCAUGGGACAGGACACUUUAGCUCAACUUAAUGGUAAUCUAAGUUUUCGUGAUAAUAUUUUUCGUUGUAAAACUAUUCCAUUCUAUAUGACUUCUGAUUUACACCUGAGGCCCAAUCAAAGUAUUGUUAAGAAUCGAGAUGUUCAUAUGGUAUCAAGUAAUCGCUUAUCUGAAGCAUGUCCUAAAAUUUUGUUGAUCAAAGUUACAUUAAGAGUGAAGAAAGUUAUUAGAGUAACCAAAUCUUUAGAAGAAAGAUAUAUAUUUCCAUAUAUGUAUCUGAGAAAAAAGUGUAUUAAAAGGCCUUUGAACAGGAUAGACUUUGUUUCAGGUUGUACCAUUACAGUUUCAUGUAGUACAAAUACAAGUACAGUAUGUAACGGAGUAUCUAGUCUACCAUGUACAACACACAAACUAUCUUGUCCUAGUCCUCUAGUAAUACAGAUAAUAAAUACAACAUAUGGUUAUAGAUCAGAAUGUUAUGUUAAUGGUCAUUCUAGUUGUGUAAAUACAUCAUGUUGUAAUGAAAAACCUAGUGAUUGUUUUCAACUAUUUUCUGAUGAUGAUAAACGAGCAGCAGGGAAAUGUAAUGGUAAAAAAACUUGUAAGUUAUCUGGAUUUCGUGAGGCUCAUGGCAUAGACUGUAGCGGAACAAUAAAUGCUUACAGUAAAAUAAAAUACGACUGUGUUAAUAAAGGUAGUGUUUUUUUUUUUUUGUAUUUGAUAGCAUAUCACUUAGACUAA